GGGCACACUACAGAAAUCCUGAGGUUACUUGGUAGUCUUUCCCAGUCGUAUUCUCCUAGGCAUUACAUUUUGGCUGAUUCAGAUAAGAUGAGUGAAGACAAAAUCCGUUCAUUUGAACAAAAAAGAGCAGAGACGUCCCCCAAUUCCUUGUUCACCCUCAAUCGCAUUCCCAGAAGUCGGGAGGUCCGUCAGUCAUGGAGCUCUUCAGUGCUAACAACCAUCCAUUCCAUCUUUUAUUCUCUUCCUUUGACCUUCAGACUCAAGCCAGAUUUGGUGCUGUGCAAUGGUCCAGGAACGUGUGUCCCCAUCUGCGUAUCUGCUCUUCUCCUGAGGCUGCUGGGACUGAAGAGAGUGACCAUUGUGUAUGUUGAGAGCGUCUGCCGUGUGGAAAACUUAUCUCUGUCUGGAAAGAUUCUUUACCACCUUUCAGAUCACUUCUUUGUUCAGUGGCCUACUCUGAAAGAGAAAUACCCCAGGUCUCACUAUCUUGGGCGAAUAGUAUGACAACAGCCGUAACUGGGGUUAACGCCACCACUGAAUUCCUUAGCAAUGGGAUAUGUUCUUAUGUUACUGUCCAUUGUACCAAGCUUCAA